GCACAAGUCUUGAUCUCUAGACAAAUAUCAUUGUUUUAUUUUAUGAAAUUGUUAUUAUGUAUUGUUUUGAAUCGAUAACCGAACCUGAAAAUACAUAUUUUUACGACCUUCCCUUUUUGCCGGUCAUGUGAUAGAAAGGACCAAACACCAUUGAACUAAAUUCUUAUUAUCCCCACAAAGGAUGAACAGGUUUCUGUCUACAUUCAUGGAAAAUUUAUCUUUACGUAAAGAAAUACAUAGAUUGGAUUCCCCUGAGAAAAAAUAUUGGAAGAGCAAGAUUAUGUAGAAAUCUGAGUUUCAAGGUUUCUUGACAUGCCGUUCAUCAUCCAUAGGUGAAAACUUGUGCCAGGUACUUAACAAGAAAAAUUGCUAAUAACGUCUGAUACCAGGACAAAGUUAUAGCAGGUAUAAUUUUUUGUAAAGUAAUGAUUCUUUAAACUGUCAAAUAAGUGAGAUACGAAUAAAAUGAUUGUGAC